CAAAUCCUUUCUGAAUAUAAGCCAGUUUACAGAAGAAGUAUAAUAAUUAAAUAACUCAGUCAACAUCUCCAGAUUCACAAAGUUUAAAAUUUUUUCAUAAAGUAGAAUUUGGAGUGACUUUCCAUUUCUUUGUGGUCAAUCUAUGUACAUUCUGGCUUAUAUUUUAUGUCGAACUAACAAAGAAUUAUUGCAGUAUCCCAGUAAACCGAGGCAAAUUAUAUUGUUCAAUAAUUUGUAUUGAAGAAAUUUUUGCUCAUGACAAAAUUUUGAAAAUAUCUACUAUUUUACAUUGAUUUGGCAUAUACCAAAAAUAACAAUCAUUGAAGUAAUCAUUGAAUUUUGUAAGACUGAUUUUGCGCCAUAUGCCUUGAUACACAAUUAUUUUAUUAUGCAUCUUCAAAGCGCUUCUAGUUAGUUUACAGCUAAUAUCUUUUACAAAUAAGAUUGACAAUUUUAACUUUAAUAUAAUUCAGAAAUAAUGAUAUUGCACAAUCUGAAUACAUUGUCCAAACAAUUGAAGAGAAUGAACUAUGUGAACCAGCUGCAUUUACUUACUGUUAAAAAAUUAAAGCUCUGACAUUAAUUAUACAAAGCAACAGGAUUGUUUCAUUUUGUUUUCUCGGAACUUCGAAUAUUUUCGAAAUCAGUUAUGAACAUUAAUUCCAUCCCAUUUAUAAAUUAAAGGAAAUAUACAUAUGUGCUUCUACCGACUCUUGUCAUUCGAUAGCUCCCCUAUCCCUCCGUUAUUAACAAAUAAUUGGCCUAGAUGAGGGUGAUAUCACUACGCUUUAAGAGUCAAGCUGGUACAGCAGCUGGCGAUUUGUUUUACUUGUUUAGACCGACAGAUUUGUUAGCAACUGGCAAAAAACUGUCAGCAAAUCAAUCAUUGAUGCUGACUUUUUAAACAGUAGACCAUUAUUCCCAUUAAUUAAAUCUGAGUUGAUAAUACGAAUUAAAAAGUAACUCAGAUAGGAGGGGACACUAGGGGAAUAACGAAUAGGUGAGUGGCUGUCAGUUAGAUUGUCGUUCUGUACCAUCGCUAAACGUUCCUGGUGCACAUGUUUUCAGAUUUUCAAAUAAUGCAAUAAUUUAUCUUCAAAACUCCAAGUGUAUGCUAAUAGUUCGGUUCUCAAUUAUUUUCGGAUCUUUAGCACAAAAAACGAUGAACUGUUCAAAAGCUGUCAUUCUUUUGAUGUUACUAUUCCUACACUGUAAUGAUAUAACUGCAAAAAGAGGCCGAACAAGAGGCAGAAGUAGAUCCCGAGUCCAGAUUGGGUUGCCCAUUACCGGAAAGUACAGAGAUCCAGAGAGUGACCAAUAUUAUAACAAUAAUAACGGUGCCAAAAUCUUAUCGUCGUCACAUUUCGAUUAUGAAUACGUCUUGGGACAUAAGAUUGCAUUUGUUUGCUCCGCAAGAGGAUCUCCACGGCCUCAUAUUACAUGGUUCAAGGAUGGUACAGAGAUAUAUACCCAUCUUUACCUCAACGUUCAUGAAUGGAGAACAGGAACUGACAGGGUAAAAUCAAAACUGGAAAUUGAUCCAGCAACACAAAUGGAUGCUGGUGUAUACGAAUGCACUGCAGAUAAUAUGUACAGCAUCGAUAGAAGAUCUUUCAAGACUGACUUCUCUAUUGCCUUUGACUAGAGGCUUAGCAAAAUAUUGCUUUUAGAUGAAAAUAUACAUCUAUUGUAUAAUUUGCUCAUCAUAUUCGAUGUUUGACAAGUUUUUUAAAUUAUAUCAAUAGAUAUUUGAGCAACAGAAUAUAUAGUAGUUUUUUUAACAAGAA